CCGAGGCCCAGGAAAAGUACAGGUGAGAAUCAGUUUCCAGACUUGGAUAUCCUCAGACUGACCACAGACUAGGAAAUAUCCAUAGACUGACCACAUACUAGGACAAACAACUGACCAGUUUCCAUGUUUGUUGCUGUUUCCUUUAAAGCUGCGAAUUAAGAAAUCAUCAUGGGUAGUCUUGGAAGUAAGGAGAAUAAUAGUGAAUCAAAGUCAACAUACACCAUCACCAAAAAACGAAAGGGCGCCAAAAGACCAUCGAAAAAACAACGAAAACGUAACAGAGAGGCUCUUACAAAUACAAAUAAUGAAUCAGACACUCAAUUCUCGAAGGCACAUUACAGGGAGGAAUCUGACGCAUCAUCUGGAAAGUACUGGGAUUGUUAUACUGAAACUCCGAAGGAGGAGAAUAAUGUACCAAAUGCUCAUCUCCCGGAAGCAAAUUACAGCGAAGAAUCUGACGACGAAUCAUCUGGAAAGUACUGGGAUUGUUACACAGACGUUCCGAAGGAGAGGAAUAACGCAUCAAAGACUGAAAUCUCAGACCAAAAUAGUAACAAUAAAAGAGACGAAGAAUCAUCCGAGAACAAAUGGGAACGUGACACAAAGGAACCUACGAAAACCACAGGAAGCCAGAACAAGAAACCGCCUUCCACAACAGAAAACAAGACCAAUGCUGACAGCCUGUCUGUGAGGCUAAGAAAAGAAGGCAAUGGAAUAUACACCUCUGUCACACAGGGUCUGUGUGCAGCGAUCAAACUAAGUAGAUUAAGCAAGGCAGCAAACUGCUAUUGUAGGGCGUUCGUGGCGGCGGCGAAGGACGAGGAGUCGGUACCUGCUGCAAAGAAUGCAGCAAGGACCUACUGGAAAUUAGCAGAAGCAGAAAUAGAGUACCAUAGUACAGCUUCAAAAAGUAUACUCCAAUACAGAGAGGCUUUCAGGUAUUUCUCCUUUGCUUAUAAUCAUGGCAUUCCCUGUAAUACCUCAGCUUGGAAAACAAAGCUUUGCUCGUACAUUGACAGCUGCUGGUUGGAUUUUAGAAAAACCACGGACAAUCACUUUGAUAUGGAAAAUAAGAUUGAUCUAUAUUACAAUGUCCUACAGACGGUUGAAAUAGACUACGUUAGGGGUAAUUUUUAUCUCAAUCUUGCAAGGAUUCAUUUCCGGAACGGCGUCACUGCAAUUCAGAAUGGUCAAUACCAGCGUGGGUUGUCCGAAAUGAAUAACUGUUCUAUGCCGAUUCACGAAGCUAGGAAAAAAUGUCUGGAUGCAAAGAAUGUAGGACUGGAAUGUGAUACGCUAGAGGAUGACGUCAUAAUGCAUAAGUGUACUGCGGAUGCCAUGCAAGCAAUAGAUGUGGGUGACAAGUUGUUCGAGCUGGUCAUUAAGGAAGAUGAGAAGGUAAACAUGGAGAUGGUCUGGGACGUAGUUGAUUGGUAUAAAGUUGCUGUACUGCGAACGCGCGAGAGAACGGAAAUGGAACUGGAAGCUAUAGCAGCAAGUCGAUUAGGCAAAAUAUAUGACAAGGUGCUCAAGAUGAAGGACAAAGCCAAGGACUACGUGAUGCAGUCUAUUCAACUGGCACAUAGCAUGCAUCCACGAACUUUCAACUCGGAGGACUGGUUUAUCGACGCUUCUGCAAUUUUGAAAAAGUAUCAAGACGAAGCAAAAGUACAGGACGAUGCAGAAUGGAACAAAAAUAGAGAAGAGGUAAAGAAAGGAAUGACAGAACAACUGGACGAGCUCGAAAAGGCUGACAAAAAGAGAGAUCUAGAAUUUCUUGACUACGUAUACAAGAAAUUCCCACCGAAGAAUCCAAUGCACAAGAAGUUAUUCGUUCUACCAACGGAUACAUCAGACAUAGAUCAUAGCAAAAAGAAAAAGCUGUAUCAGAAAGCUGUGGUGAACUACCACCCUGACAGGGCGAAUGUGGAGGAGAACGGGGUCCAAUGGAAGGUCAUGACGGAGGAGAUCACCAAGCGCUUCAAUUGUAGGUACAAUCGGAUGAAGAACGAGUGAAAUGAUUCACCAAAAUAAAACCAAAGUUUGGAUAAGAAACCAGUUUUUAAACUUUUGAAACUGAAAAUGGUUUGUCACUGAAGACUUUGUUUAGAAUACUGUCGUUAUACUAUUAUAAACUAACCUGG